AUAAGUCUUUUCUUAUUUUCUUAAAGAAAAAAUUCUUUUAAAAGUUAUUUUUUUUUUAUUUCUAAGUACGUGAUUACUUUUCUUUAUAAAGAAUAAAUUAUAAGAGCCAUUACAAGUUUUAUUUGACUCUGUCAAUGAAACUGUAGCACCUUUCGCUCUGAAUGAGUAUUCCACCAAGGAGUAUCACUGAGACCUCUUGAUUUCUUGAGGUUUACUGUCAUGUUGUCCAAUGAAGUAGACAGUAGACAUAGAUAUAUGUGUCUAGCCCAGAUUGAGAUGUAAGUGUAAAAUAAGUUGAAUUUUGAAGAUGUACCACAGAAAAAUCAUGUAAAUGUAAAAUUGCUAAUUAUUUUUAUAUUUUGGAUAUAUUGGGUUUCACAAAAUAUUAAAAUUAAUUUCAUUACUUUGAUUUACUUUUUUAGUGUGGCAACUGAAAUGUCUGAAAUUACAUGUGUAUUUUGCAUUAUAAUUUCUACUGGACAGUACAAAUCUAGCCCAAAAAUCAGAAGAUUUAGGGCUAACUGGGAGUCCUUUCUCUUACAGUCUCCUCCUUAAAACAUUCUCUGUUCCACAAAGUGAAAAGCCACGUGAUGUCUUUUUUAGGUGAAGCCUUCUCCCAUACCUUGCAGGGCUUAUGAGAGUCAAGUUAUCAGAUCAAAUCAUUAUUCAAGAGCUUCUCAGAAAAUAAAAAAUAAUGCAGAACGGGAAUUUCUUCACACCAAAAUUGCCUACUGUAUGCAGUUAUUAGACAGAGGCUAGAAAAUGACCAGAGAAAGAGGUUCCUGGAAAACACUGGGUGUCCUGAGGAGAAGGUGUGUUCUUGGGAGGCCUUUGUUGUGAAAUGACUUAUCUGCCCUUUUUUUCUUUUUGAUUAUUUCAGAACGCUGCGAUGACUGGGGACUAGAUACCAUGAGGCAAAUCCAAGUAUUUGAAGAUGAGCCAGCUCGCGUCAAGUGCCCACUCUUUGAACACUUCCUGAAAUUUAACUACAGCACAGCCCAUUCAGCUGGCCUUACUCUCAUCUGGUAUUGGACUAGGCAGGACCGGGACCUUGAGGAGCCAAUUAACUUCCGCCUCCCUGAGAACCGCAUUAGUAAGGAGAAAGAUGUGCUUUGGUUCCGGCCCACCCUCCUCAAUGACACUGGCAACUAUACCUGCAUGUUAAGGAACACCACAUAUUGCAGCAAAGUUGCAUUUCCCUUGGAAGUUGUUCAAAAAGACAGCUGUUUCAAUUCCCCCAUGAAACUCCCAGUGCAGAAACUAUAUAUAGAAUAUGGUAUUCAGAAGAUCACUUGUCCAAACGUAGAUGGAUAUUUUCCUUCCAGUGUCAAACCGACCAUCACUUGGUAUAUGGGCUGUAAUAAAAUACAGAAUUUUCAUAAUGUAGUACCUGAAGAUAUGAACUUGAGUUUUCUUAUUGCCCUAAUUUCAAAUAAUGGAAAUUACACAUGUGUUGUCACAUAUCCAGAAAAUGGACGUACAUUUCAUCUCACCAGGACUCUGACUGUAAAGAUAGUAGGCUCUCCAAAAAAUGCAGGCCCCCCCGUGAUCCAUUCACCUAAUGAUCAUGUGGUCUAUGAGAAAGAACCAGGGGAGGAGCUACUCAUCCCCUGCACAGUCUAUUUUAGUUUUCUGAUAGAUUCUCGCAAUGAGGUUUGGUGGACCAUUGAUGGAAAAAAACCUGAUGACAUCACUGUUGAUGUAACCAUUAACGAAAGUAUAAGUCACAGUAGAACGGAAGAUGAAACAAGAACUCAAAUCUUGAGCAUCAAGAAAGUUACCUCUGAGGAUCUCAAGCGCAACUAUGUCUGUCAUGCUAGAAGCACCAAAGGCGAAGUUGCCAAAGCAGCCAAGGUGAAGCAGAAAGUGCCAGCUCCAAGAUACACAGUAGAACUGGCUUGUGGUUUUGGAGCCACAGUCCUGCUAGUGGUGAUUCUCAUUGUUGUCUACCAUGUUUACUGGCUAGAGAUGGUCCUAUUUUACCGGGCUCAUUUUGGAACAGAUGAAACCAUUUUAGAUGGGAAGGAGUAUGAUAUUUAUGUAUCCUAUGCAAGGAAUGCUGAAGAAGAAGAAUUUGUAUUACUGACCCUUCGUGGAGUUUUGGAGAAUGAAUUUGGAUACAAGCUGUGCAUCUUUGACCGAGACAGUCUGCCUGGGGGAAAUACAGUGGAAGCAGUUUUUGAUUUCAUUCAGAGAAGCAGAAGGAUGAUUGUUGUCCUGAGCCCUGACUAUGUGACAGAAAAGAGCAUCAGCAUGCUGGAGUUUAAACUGGGUGUCAUGUGCCAGAAUUCCAUUGCCACCAAGCUCAUUGUGGUUGAGUACCGUCCCCUUGAGCAUCCGCACCCAGGCAUUCUUCAGCUUAAGGAAUCUGUGUCUUUUGUGAGCUGGAAGGGAGAAAAGUCCAAACAUUCUGGCUCUAAAUUCUGGAAAGCUUUGCGGUUGGCUCUUCCCCUGAGAAGUCUGAGUGCCAGUUCUGGCUGGAAUGAGAGCUGCUCUUCCCAGUCUGACAUCAGUCUGGACCACGUUCAAAGGAGGAGAAGUCGUUUGAAAGAGCCCCCAGAACUUCAGAGCUCAGAAAGGGCUGCAGGUACCCCUCCAGCCCCAGGCACAAUGUCCAAGGACCGAGGGAAGUCCUCUGCCACCUGCCGCUGUUGUGUCACCUACUGUGAAGGAGAGAAUCACCUUAGGAACAAGAGCCGGGCAGAGAUUCAUAACCAGCCCCAGUGGGAGACACACCUCUGUAAGCCUGUUCCCCAAGAGUCAGAAACUCAGUGGAUACAAAAUGGCACCAGAUUGGAACCCCCUGCUCCCCAGAUCUCAGCCCUUGCUCUUCACCAUUUCACGGACUUAUCCAAUAACAAUGACUUUUACGUCCUGUAAUUACUGUGUGUGGUGGGUGGUGGCUACUCUCUCUACCAACCCUCUGUAUGUCAUGAACCUGUGGGAAAACCUGACAUUUUUAUCAUCUAAUGGACUGUCAGAUUUCUGUCCCCUUUAUUGAUUUUUAAAAACCGUUUAUUUCUAGGACACAAAAGACCUGAAGGACCUGAAUCCAGAAUUAUUGCCUCUAAUGGCCUCAGAAGAGCACACUCUUCUUGGGCCCUAGAAGGUCAGUAUGUGAAAGUUGCCUAAAGUCUGAACCUCUCUCUUGUUUCAAUGUUUUAAAACUGAGCUAAGAAUUUAAAUGUGUUUCUUUUCAGUGUGUGGAUCAACCUCAUGUUAUAAGUCAGUAAGGUGUACUUGGGUUAUGAUACAUACAGGGUGUAUGCGUUCCCAGGAAGCAGAAUGGACAGGAGCUGGUUCUGGUGGAAGCUGUAGGACUGAGAUCAACAGAAAACCUACAGCACAUUUUUUUCUCAAGGAACCAAACAUACCCACCCAGGGAUCCAUGGUGUUCUCUGUCUCACUGUAAACUAGUGUUCUCUAAACUGCCUAACAUUGUUGGCAUCAAUAAAAUUAUAUUUUUACGUCAUUUUAUUUGUACUAACAAAUUUUUACAUCUCUCUCACCUUUCUACUUUCUAUGCUUGUUGUAUUCUUAUCUGGAGAGUAUUGCAUUUCAGGAAAUUGAGAUUUGGUUUAGGUACCAGAAAGACUAAGGUGACUUUGUUGUUUCUUUACAACAUGUAAUGGGAGAGAUGUGGAAAAUAACCCAAAGAGAGAGAGAACGUGAUUUAAAUAAAAUAGAAGUUUAUAAGAAUCUCAUAUUUUUAGAACUGACAGAUGAAAAAUUCACUAUUGUAAGGCAUGUGGGGUGGAGAUCGGUGCCUUCUUCACAUUCAGGCAUCUGAGAAGGGAUAGUAAAUUCAAGUGCCUACAAGGAUCAGCAGGUAACAAAAAAGAAAAUGUAGCCAGAUAUCAGCAUAUUAUACAAGCUCUCCAUCUAGAACUGAUGUGAAUAGGGACAUAGACACAGAUAGUUAUUUCUUCUCUGUAAACAUUUUCACCAACUCAUAAAAGGCACCUGGCAUUUGAUUUUCAAGUCAGGUAGAUCAUUGGGCCUCUAAGUAACUGAAGAACACAUACUUCUUAAAAAGGGGCAGCUUCAGGCCGGACAUGGUGGCUCACGCCUGUAAUUCCAGCACUUUGGGAAGUCAAGGUGGGCAGAUAACCUGAGGUCAGGAAUUCAAGAGCAGCCUGGCCAACAUGACAAAACCCUGUGUCUUCAAAAAUAUAAAAAUUAGCCAGGCAUCACGGCAGGUUCCAGUAACCCAGCUACUCAGGAGGAUGAGGCAUGAGAACCCCUUGAACCUGGGAGGUGGAGGUUGCAGUGAGCCAAGAUCAUGCCAGUGCACUCCAGCCUGGGCAUAAGAGCAAGACUCCAUAAAAAAAAAUGCAGCUUCUACUCAGUUCCAUUUGAUUGUUGCCACUAAUUGAGCCCCAAUAUUGCCAUAUUGCCCAUUUCUUUUAUAGAGAAUCUAAAAAAUCCAGAUUUUUAUGUAUAAUGUCAAGUAUGGGAUGGUAUAAACUUAAGAAGGAAGAAACAAAGAGCCAAACAAAAUACAUAUGUGGCUCAUAGUCAGCCAGAGGGCAACUAGUUUUGUAAUUUCAUAACUCAAGUAUAUAAGCAAAGAACAUAUAUCCAAAUGGGAUUUAAGUGUCCCUGGAAAUACUGGAACUGGAAGACACAGAUUGGCUCUAAGGGCAUAGAGAAUAAUGUUUAUUCUCUCCUCAAAUUGAAGACAUCUGUGCUGUACAGUUGAGCUGAUUUGACCUAAUCCUCCAUUAGAAAACAGAAAUCUGGAAAAUAGGGUGCCUUCCAUCUACUCUUUAAAGGUUUCUUCCCUGUUAAGUUUGCUAUCAGAAAAUAAGAACCAUGAAGUCUGCUACUCCUGAACAGACGCAGAACCAAAAGAGGGAGAGACCACACCUUACAUGAGAAGUCACCUUUAAUACAUUAGCUGUGGCUGUUGGUGAGUUGUGGCCCAAUGAGUAUCAGGGACUCCCAGUCAGUAACAGUGAGUGGGCAGUGGAGAAAGAAAGAAAGCAGUUUAAUCCCACUAACCCUCUUGAAAAGGUACUCAGAAGAUCCUUUCUCUGUUGAAACAAAAAACUAGAAGAUUCCUACUCCAAACAUUGGGGAACAAGGCUCCUCUAGAGAAAAUGUGGCUCACAAUGAAACUUGUAAUUCGGAAAUGACUGGCCACCCUAACUAAAUAUCCAGCAGAAAAUAACUUAGCAUAACCCAAAGGCCUUGUCCUUGAUUAUAUCCCUUCUUGUGAAGAGUAGUCCAUCCUUGAUGUAUAUUCAGGGAACUUAACUUGGGAGAUAUCAGUUUCUCUCCAAAUCUGUUAAUAAUGGGUAAUGUAAGUGGCUCCAAAGCUCAAGGAGGGAGAAGAUUCCCCUACCGACUAUCAGUAUGAACACAGCAUCUCAAAUGUAAAAUAUCUUUGGAAAAAAUAUAGAAAUUACAUUUUUCACUUAUAAAUUAUUAGUGAAGAAAAAUAACUAAUGGCAGAGGCAUGGAAAAUUAAACACAAGCUCAUAUUAUGUGAGUAGCUAGAUAAUUUUGGUGCUUUCAGAACUACAUUUUGGUAAGUAUCAAUUGCCUUUGACAAUACAAAUGUAGUGGAAGCAGUGAAAAGUCUUAGUUCAGAAUUAGCUAUAUAGGGGUCAAAAAAAUAAUGGACUAUACUUCUACUGUAUGGAGAAAAACUCAGAGGUUAUGUUAUUACUUCUUGACCUGACAUGCCACAGUUAAAUGUGAUAUUCAGUACCAUACAUUUCAAUGAGGCAAAUUAUAACAAGAAAGAAAAUUUUUUCAUGGGCCAUGCUUAUCCAUAAGAGAAAUUACAAGAUUGUAGGGUAAAUGGAUAUAUCAUUGACUAAGAAAUAUUGUCUACUUGGUUGCGUGAGUUUUAAGUCAAGUAGAGAUGGAUGUGAGUCUUACUUCUCCCCUGUCUGUUUGAACAUGAUCCUGAGCCCCAAUCUCCUGCUAGCUACAAUAAAGAUACUAUUAUUAACCUUGUUGGGUGUUGUGGGCAUUAAAUUAUAUAUUGUACAUUUAUUUCUUAUGCCUCACCUUUUUUAAAGUUUCAUAAAAUGUCCAAAAGCAGUAUAGAACAGGAACAUAUUACCCAGGUUAAGUGACUUUCCUAGUGACAGUCAAUUAGCAAUAGAGUUGAGUCUGUAACCCAGAUUCUGACACUUGAUCCAGUACCAAUUCUAGAACCAUCCAUGUAAGAUUGAAGGGGAAAUAAUUCUAUUACAAAGCUACCUUGAUGGAACUAUUUAAUCUGGGCCAUAAAAACACUCAAAUAAAAAAAGCAGUUAAUAUAAACCCACACACAGCUAAUUAGAUUUUAUGUUAAGGGUCUGAUAUAUCAUCUUGCCUUGUCAUAUUAUAAUUUUUAUAGCUUCAUUUUUAAAUGUUAUAAACUUUCUUAAGACAUUUAAAAGGUAGAAUUUUUGGUGUCUUCUAGAUUCUAUGAUAAUGCUAUAUUUUUUCCUUUAAAAUAAAUUAUUUGUGUUUUUCCUGGUGGAAAAUAAAAAUAUAUUCACCAUUUACCUUGAAAAACAAAUUUUAUCUUUCAGCAUCUACGAUGAAAACUGAAUUUCAGAGUUACCUUCUCCUAUAACUAUUAAGAAGUCUAGCAACAAUAUAAGCACUCCCAGAUUGAAGAUUUGAAGUGGUUGGGAAAGCUAAUGUUUUGGUUCAGAAAAAGUCAUGAAUAAUAAAUUGAACUAAUCAUAAUGAUAUGCACAGAAGGAUAAGAAAUUUAUAUGCCAUUGGUUUAAAACUUUUAUGCAUCUAGGAGUAACUUGAGGGACACCCUACAAUGAAAGUCCUAGGGUGGGCCCGUCCCCAGAGAGACCAAUUCAUUAGGUGCUGGGCAUUGUCUAGAAAUCUGUAUUUUCAUAUCAUGCCCUUGAUAAUUAAAUAAGGCAUUUCAUGGGUCAAGCUUGGAAAACUAUUACCUAUGAAAGAACUCUUUCAAACCCUUCCCAUAUUUUCUGUAUUAUUGUGCAGGUUGCAAGGGAACUAGAGCCUCAAUUAGGUGCUUGCCCAAGCCUUCCUGAAGUGUAUUCCCCAAUGUAUCCACAUUGGAACCAUUUGGGGCUCAUAUUAAAAUGCUAUUUCUUGACUCCAUCCAAGAUUAACUAAAUGAGGAUCUCUGAUGUAGGGUGGAUCUGCACGUGGAAUAACUUUCCCAGGUGAUUCUAAUGCACAAAAAGCAAGAACCAUUAAUUUUUACCUCUCUUUAACUCCUCUUUUACCCUUGUAGGCUCUGAUUUUCUCCAGCCAAGGACUACAAAUCCUCCUUUUAACAAGGUGUUUGCAGGCAAUAGAUGAAAACGUAGGGCAUGUUUAGCCCUUGAAGUUGCCUCAGCUCAAGGAAAUACUUUAAUAAUAAUUAGUGGAAUGUAUUUAUAAUAUAUGAAGUAUCAAUAGUGAUAUUUGGAACCUGGUGAGAUUGCUGUAGUCAUCAUGUAUCUUAAUCAGAAUAAGAUAUGCUAUGCGUGCUAACAAAGAGCCCCAAUAUUUCAGUAGUUUCAUCUAACAAGAUUUAUUUCUUGUUUAUGCUAUAUGUCCAGCGUAGGAGCUUACUUUUUUAUGUUUUGCCAUCUGAAAUGUGUGGCUUCCUGUUGUUCUAUGCUUCAGCUGAAAUAUGACACUCAUUACUUUCACUUACAAUUCAUUAGCCAGACUGAGGUCCUGAUAUAAUUAUUAAAAAGACUAGAAAAUGUAGUCUUCCUAUUUCUCGAAAGAGAAGAAAUGAACUUGGUGAAAACAUAGCAUCGUCUUUGUCUACAACUGUGAUGAGAAUAACAUAUGGAGGAAGCCAGAAGAGGUAAGAGAUAUGUCACAUACUUUGAUAAUGGAAAAAAAAAAAAAGACUUGCUACCAGCUCUCCACCUCAGUUUGCCAAGGUAUCAAGAUAAAACAGCAUGCAGAAGAGUAGACCUUGUUUGUAAGUGUUCCCCAAAGAAAAAUUGUUGAAGGAAUGCAUAAUAAUCAUAAUCACAGCUUCUGGUUAAGAAAAAGCAUGCUUAAAAAUUUGAAAGUGACUGUAUUUGGUUACUUUCCAUUCAGGAGCUUUUGUUAGUUCCCUAAGAAUGUGAUGGUCAAACUAUCUGCAAAUGAGCCAUUCCAUUUUGAAUAUCCAAGGAGCCUCAGAAGAAUGGAAGACAUUUAGAACACAGCAGAGCAUGUAACACAGUCAUUAGAAAGCAUCCCCUGAUCCAUUUAUCUGAAGAGCUAAAUAGGGUAUUCAAAAUGAACAUGCUAAAGUUCAAAUGAAGGAAGAGACAAGAACUAGUGUGAAUAUGAUGAAGCCUGUGAUAUCUGUGCAUCUGCUCUCUAUACAUUUGGAUUCUCUGUUUGUAUUAAACAUUUGAAUUUUUAUAUGACUUCUCUAAUGUAUAUGGAAUAUUAUUAGAUCAUGGAAAAAGCUCUCUUUGAGUUGGCAAAUAUUAAUAGUUAAUGAGUCUUGAUCUAUGUUAUUAAGUUUGUAAUGUUGAACAAAAAAAACUUUAUCAUUUCUUAGUAUAGCAAGGAGAUUGCUGAUGCACUCAAAAUUGCUUAGAAAAUAUUUCACAAAGUUUUUCUCUUGAAGAGUUUAAUGAUUUCAAAAUAUUUAAAU